AUGAAAGCGAUCUACGCCGUCCCGGCGACUUUUGCCCUCGUCUAUCGAGCCUGGUCGCACCAGUCGCUGACCCCGGCAGGCAUUGCGGCAGCUGUCAUUACUGCCAUUGCUCACGCCUACCACCCAUGGAACCUGCCUUUCGCCCUGCUGUGCGUGUUCUUUCUCGCUGGUACAAGGGCCACUAAGGUCAAGAAGGAUAUCAAGGCCACUUUGACGGUCGCUUCCCAAGGCACGCCAGGAGGUGAAGGCCCGCGAACCCACGUCCAAGUCUUCGCGAACUCCCUCAUGGCCUCGUGCCUGUCCCUUCUCCACGCCUACCAACUCAACAAGCGAAAGGAUGCGAUCCUGGACACCACCACCCCGAACCCCUCCGGUACCCUCUGCUUCUCCUGGGGAGGAGACCUCCUCGUCAUCGGUAUCAUUGCCAACUACGCCGCCGUCGCCGCCGACACGUUCAGUUCUGAGCUGGGCAUUCUGGCCAAGAGCGAACCUCGACUGAUUACAUCCCCUACCUUCCGCAAGGUCCCGCGGGGCACGAAUGGAGGCGUGACGCCAUUGGGAAUUGCAGCUGGAGCCCUCGGAUCUAUGAUCAUUGUCACUACUUCGAUGGUAUUCCUCCCUCUUUGCGGCGAAGGCACUGCUGGGAAGGUCGGCGGUGGACUCAGUGGCUGGACGACGCAGCAGCGGUCGACACUCAUGCUCGGCCUGACUGCCUGGGGCGUCCUUGGCAGUCUCCUCGACAGUGUACUCGGCGCCGUCUUCCAGCGCUCUGUCAAGGAUGUGCGAUCUGGCAAGAUUGUCGAGGGCGAGGGCGGCACCAAGGUUCUGAUCUCCGGCGACUCGUCGGACCACGCCGAUAAGAACCAGAAGCGCGCCGCGGUCAAGGCUGCGGUGCUUCACGGAGAGGGCAAGGCCGCCGUAGAGAAGAUGGAGAAGACGGACAGCGCCAUCGAGGACAUUGACGCCCCUGAGAUGAGUGCAGACGCCACGAGAUAUGAUCCCAAGGACAAGCACCGCAAGUCUAGCUUCGGCGACGCGCAGCCUUCCCGUGUGAUUGAGACUGGAUGGGAUCUCCUGGACAACAAUGACGUCAAUUUCCUGAUGGCAUUCACGAUGAGCAUGGGUGCGAUGGGAGUAGCCGGCUGGUAUUGGGGUGUGCCACUGGAAAGCAUCUUGGACGCCUAG